AUGGGAGAUUCCCACACCCUUCAGGUGGCCCUGGAGGGCCCUCACACCCGUCAGGUGGCCCUGGAGGGCUCUCACACCCGUCAGGUGACCCUGGAGGGCCUUCACGCCCCUCAGGUGGCCCUGGAGGGCUCUCACGCCCCACAGGUGACCCUGGAGGGCUCUCACACCCGUCAGGUGACCCUGGAGUGCCCUCACACCCCUCAGGUGGCCCUGGAGGGCCCUCACACCCGUCAGGUGACCCUGGAGGGCUCUCACACCCGUCAGGUGACCCUGGAGGGCUCUCACACCCGUCAGGUGACCCUGGAGGGCUCUCACACCCGUCAGGUGACCCUGGAGGGCUCUCACACCCCUCAGGUGGCCCUGGAGGGCCCUCACACCCGUCAGGUGACCCUGGAGGGCUCUCACACCCGUCAGGUGACCCUGGAGGGCUCUCACACCCCUCAGGUGGCCCUGGAGGGCCCUCACACCCGUCAGGUGACUGUGGAGGGCUCUCACACCCGUCAGGUGACCCUGGAGGGCUCUCACACCCCUCAGAUGGCCCUGGAGGGCUCUCACACCCCUCAGGUGGCCCUGGAGGGUCCUCACACCCCUCGGGUGGCCCUGGAGGGCUCUCACACCCCUCAGAUCGAGAGCAUCCUAGUAGAGUCUCCUGAUUCUUCUCCCGACAAGAAGCAUAAGGUUAUGGUGGCAAAAGCAACUGAGCAGGAAGAGAGGCCUCUUAUACAGACACCCACGAAUACCCCAGAGUCUGGAGCGAAGGGUUCGCUACCCCUGUGA